CAUAACAUAGUUUCUCUCUUUCUCCAAUCAGAGGCUCAACAACCUAUUGUCCAUUGCUUAAGUGGUGAAACUUGAGAGAAUAACUUUUUAUGUGAUUAUUAUGGGAAUUAAGAAGCCAUCUUGGUUGGAAGCUCUUUACGUGGAGAAAUUCUUUGUUCCAUGUUCAAUUCAUGAAAGUGCAAAGAAGAAUGAGAAGAAUGUUUGUUGUUUGGAUUGUUGCAUAAGUAUUUGUCCUCAUUGUGUGACAUCUCAUCGUUUCCACAGAUUACUUCAAAUUAGACGUUAUGUAUAUCAUGAAGUUGUUCGACUUGAAGAUUUAGAGAACCUUAUAGAUUGCUCCAAUAUUCAGGCAUAUACAAUAAACAAUGCUAAGGUGGUUUUUAUCAAGAAAAGAGCUCAGAACAGGCAAUUCAAAGGAGGAAAUUAUUGCACUUCUUGUGAUAGGAGUCUUCAAGAACCAUACAUCCAUUGCUCCCUAGGGUGCAAGGUAGAGUUUGUGCUAAAGCACAACAAGGACCUUUCUCCAUUUUUAAGGAAAUGCACGACUCUACAACUUAGUCCAGACUUCUUUAUCCCUCAAGACAUGGCCGACGAUGACAUGGCGAACGAGACAGCUCAUUCGACAGUCGUGGACAACGACGAGCCAUGGGGCUCGUCGUCGGGCUCGGGAUCCGAGAACAUGAGCUUUCCCUGCACUGAAUUUGUAAGGAAAAAGAGAAGUGGGAUGCAUGUGUGUGGAAGAACAGCUAAUAACUAUAAGGACAUUACAGAGGAGGACAUGGCUACUAGUAUGAGUAGAAGAAAAGGAAUUCCUCAAAGAUCUCCAUUGUGUUAAGAUUUAGUAGUAUAUUAACUUGGUUUCAAAUAUUAGUUGUUUUGUCAACCUAAAUUUGUUUUAAAAUAAUAUUACUUCUUUUUCUUCAA